CUGCUAAAACCCUAAACCCCUCCGGCCUUACAAACUCUCAGUAAAAAGCUAGUAGCAUCCAAUUGCCUCCCCCCACUCACGACUCACGACUCCCUCCAGCGCCGACCUUCGAGCGGCGGCGUUCAUCUCCGGCGGUGACCUGCGCGCGGCGGCGACUCUCUCAAGCGCGCUGUGGUAACCCUUCUCCAGCGUUUGACGGCAUUCCUAUCGGUUGAGAUUUGGAUUCGUUUUACAGUUAUCAAACGUGAAACUUCAAACUCGGGCACGUACCACCACAGAAUCCAGUUUCGUAAACAUCGAGAGUUCAGGUUGAGGCUGGGAAGACGGGAGAGUUGCUCUUGGAAUUUCUUAUCACUGCGGCUUGAAUUAUUUAUAAAUACGCAUAAUUUAUACCAAUUAUUUUGUGAAUAAGUUACUUCACUAAUUAUAUAUUUACUCUGUCACAGUUUUUGUAGUUUGGAGAAAUACAGUAUUCAAUGGCCAUUGACGGGAGAUUUAAGCUUGAAUCCGCACUGGAAAGAUUUCUUUACCGUUGUCCAGCUCUUACACAUCUCUCACCGUUUGAUAUGCUUAUCAAAGAGGGAUAUGCAGUGACUGAAGAGGAAGCGUUGAGUAUUGCAGCAGAGCUGUUUCUGAAUCCAAAUCAUUCAAUAACUUUGUUAGGUUGUUUCCGCCCAUUAGCUCAAAAGAUUCUGGUCAGAGUUGUAGGAUUGCUAAGACUUGUGCCCAAUUUGAGAUCAAACUCAGAUAUCACAGCUUCCAAAAUUCACGAAGAGGACCUGAAUGGAGUUGUCAAUAUAAUUUCGCUUUAUGACCAAAGAGGGAGGGGGCUUGAUCUUCACGAGCUUGCUUGUCUAGCAUUUUGUCGUGCCCUUGAUUUGGCCCCCUUUUUAUUAGGGACUAUUUUAGAUUACUUCAAGUUUGCUCCAUGCCCUUUUCAACGCAUUGUGAUCAAAGGAACAAGUUCCGAGGUUUGUAACAAGAGUGCACUGCUUGCUGUUCGACUGUCUUACCGCCUCCUACUGGUGGAGUCUGAAACUUUUACCGAACUCUGGGAUUGGUCGUGUUUUCUGGACCUCAUGAAGCAGCUAUCGAACAUUGAUCAACACCAUUCGAGAGUUUUAUCUGAUAUAAGAUGGUGUGGGAUACAGAUAUUGUCGAUUGUGCUCAAGUUGGGUUAUGAAGCAACCACAAAAUGGUCUUCUGGGUCUGAAGAAACAUUUGCUUGCUUACUGCGAUGGGAAGAUUUUUGUCAGGAUGUAUCCUUGGAGAAAGCUGGCUUGUAUAUUGAGUUAUUUGAGGAAGAUUUGGAUUCUCAAGGCAUAAGAGCUGAUUUUAGCUCAGAAAACUGCCAGCUUGGCAACUGUAGCUUCAGUGGUUCUGCCAUUUUCUCAUUGGAUCAUGAUGAGAUUGAACGACCAAUGAGAAGUCAACGGCUUGCUACAUGGGACGGUCAGCUAGCUGAAUAUUCAUUUGUUAUGACAUCAUCUAUAAAGAAAAGUUAUGAGAUGGUUAUGUUGGCAUUGAGUCAAAAGUGGCCAGUUCUUUUGUAUGGUCCCCCUGGAGCUGGGAAAUCUGCUCUCAUAAACAAGAUAGCCAGUGAUAGCCAUAACCAAGUUCUUUUCAUCCACAUGGAUGACCAAAUUGACGGUAAGAUGUUGAUUGGAAGUUAUGUUUGUGCGGAACGCCCUGGUGAGUUUAGGUGGCAGCCUGGUUCACUUACACAGGCUGUUCAGAAUGGACUUUGGGUUGUUCUUGAGGAUGUGGACAAGGCGCCAUCUGAUGUGCAUUCCAUUCUAUUGCCACUACUAGAAGGUGGAAACAAAUUCUCAACUGGGCAUGGGGAGGAAGUAAAGGUGGGGAAAAAUUUUAGGCUUUUUGCUACCAUAUCAGCCUAUAUACUGGAUCAAUUUCAGAACAAAGAAGGUGGAAGUACAAUUGGUAUGCUUUGGAGGAAAGUGAUGAUUGGCCCUCCAAGCAAUGAGGACUUACAUAGUAUAGUUAAAAUUCAGUAUCCAACUCUUGAGUCUAUUGCAUCAAAAUUAGUUGAAACUUUGCAAAGGGUGAAUUCUUAUGCCCAACAACUUCUUGGAUUUCGCUGUGAAGAAUCUUCUUCAAUUAGUUAUCCUAACCGGUUCUCAUUAAGGGAUCUUCUUAAAUGGUGCAAACGCAUUGCAGGUUUGGGUUUCAGUUUUAUGGGUGAUGAUUUUUCAGCUUACCAAUGCCAGUGCAUUUAUCAGGAGGCAGUUGAUAUAUUUGCCGCUUUCUCAACUUCGGCGGAGAACCGGUUGACUAUUAUGAAGGAAAUAGCAAAGUUAUGGGUAGGAGAUGCUUCAGUACCUGGGACGCUAUACCCUCAAUAUAAACCGGCAGUUCAGGAUUCACUCACAGAUUUAAGAGUUGGGCGAGUUAAUCUUCAAAGAGUUCAACCAACUUUGAACCAUAAAAUUCAGCCUUUUGUUGAGAUUCGUAGUUCUUUGCAUGUGCUUGAGAGAAUAGCUUGCUCUAUUAAGUAUAAUGAGCCUGUCCUCCUGGUUGGUGAAACUGGUACCGGGAAGACUACGCUUGUGCAGAGCUUGGCAAGAAGGAUUGGUCAUAAAUUUACUGUCUUGAAUUUGAGCCAGCAAAGUGACGUUGCCGAUUUGUUAGGUGGUUUUAAACCUAUUGAUGCACAAUUUAUUUGCUUUUCCCUUUACAAGGAAUUUGAGGAUCUCUUUUCAAAAACAUUCUCUCUAAAGGUCAAUGGGGACUUUUUAGCUCGUUUGCAAAAGCAUUUUGGUGAUAAGAAUUGGAAAAUGCUACUAGCUGGGUUUGAGAAAGGUGUUAAAUUUUUCAAGAGGUCAAUUGUAGUGGGGCGAUCUAGUUCUGAUAAAAAGCGGAAGAAGCCAUACGUUGAAGAUUCAAUCAAAGCUUGGGAAAAUUUUUCUUUGAAGCUUGAAGCUGCCAAAGGGCAGAUUGAUGCCUCAUCUGGGAUGGUUUUUUCAUUUGUUGAAGGUGCUUUUGUGACUGCACUUAGAAACGGAGAAUGGAUUUUGCUGGAUGAGAUUAAUUUGGCUCCCCCGGAAACCUUGCAGAGAGUUAUUGGAGUCCUUGAAGGGGAUAGCGGAUCACUCUGUUUGGCUGAAAGAGGCGAUGUCACCUAUAUUUCUAGACAUCCAAAUUUUCGGAUAUUUGCUUGUAUGAAUCCUGCCACUGAUGCUGGAAAGCGUGAUUUGCCUGUCUCUCUUAGAAGCAGAUUUACGGAGUUCUUCGUGGAUGAGGUGCUAGACGAUGAAGAUUUGGCUUUAUUUGUUAGUCAAUUUAUGGAUGACUGUCAAGCUAAUCGAGAACUAGUAAAUAGAAUUGUAUUAUUCUAUAAAGCAGUAAAAAAGGGAUCUGAAGAAAAGCUACAAGAUGGCGCUAAUCAGAAGCCACAGUAUAGUUUAAGGUCACUUUACCGUGCUCUCGAAUACACCCGAAAAGCUGAAAGACGUUUUGGUUUCUUUAGAGCGCUAUAUGAUGGUUUUUGUAUGUUUUUCUUGACCAUGUUGGAUCAUCCGAGUUCGCAGAUAAUGAACCAAUUGAUUUUGUCACAUCUGUUAGCGGGAAAGAUACCUCCUUCAAUAUCUUUUGAUGCUUACUUAUCUCCAAAAGAGGACAUUCGUUCUAAUUUCGCCGAGAGUUAUGUAUUGACUAAGAGUGUCAGGGAGCAGCUUAGGAACUUGGCACGUGCUGUUUUGAUCAAGCGAUAUCCUGUCCUCUUGCAAGGACCCACUUCGAGUGGGAAAACUAGUCUUGUUAAGUAUCUUGCUGGGCUUAUAGGUCAUGAAUUUGUAAGGAUCAAUAAUCAUGAACACACAGAUUUGCAGGAAUAUCUAGGUACUUACCUCACUAAUUCUUCUGGAAAUCUUGUGUUUCAAGAAGGCAUGCUAGUUAAGGCUGUAAGGAAUGGUUAUUGGAUAGUCCUUGAUGAGCUUAACUUGGCUCCUUCUGAUGUGCUUGAAGCAUUGAAUCGACUGCUUGAUGACAACAGGGAACUUUUUGUGCCUGAACUCAGGGAAACUAUACAGGCACAUCCAAAUUUUAUGCUGUUUGCCACCCAAAACCCUCCCACUUUCUAUAGUGGCCGUAAAAUGCUUUCUCGAGCUUUUCGCAAUCGUUUUGUGGAGAUCCAUGUGGAUGAAAUACCAGAAGAUGAGUUGAGCACGAUAGUAGAGAAGAGGUGUGAAGUUCCCCAAAACUAUGCUAAAAAGAUGGUAGAUGUGAUGAAGGAAUUGCAGUUAUUCAGGCAAAGUAGUAAAAUAUUUUCUGGAAAGCAUGGAUUCAUAACACCACGAGACUUGUUUCGAUGGGCUUAUCGUUUCAAGGAAUUUGGAUGCUCAUAUGAAGAUUUAGCUAGAGAUGGUUAUUAUCUUUUAGCAGAAAGAUUACGUAAUUUGGUUGAGAAAUCUGUGGUGCUGGAAGUUUUGGAGAGAAAUCUCCGAGUUAAACUUGUGCCUGAGGUCUUGUAUAAGCAGGACACUAAUGGAGGGGAGUUUUCAAUUAGGAUGAGUGAUGGUGUGGUAAUUUCAAGGAGUCUUCCAAAUAUUACCUUGACUAAGAGUAUGCAAAGAUUAUGGUUUCUUGUAGAAAGAUGCUAUAAAAAUGGUAGGAACCGUGAACCUGUCCUCUUGGUUGGUGAAACUGGGGGUGGAAAGACUACCAUUUGUCAACUGUUGAGUGCUCAUAUGAACAAAAAAUUACACAUUUUGAAUUGCCAUCAAUACACGGAGACGUCAGACUUUAUUGGGGGGUUUUAUCCUAAUAGAGAGAGAUCGAAGCUUACAUCACAGUAUAAAAAAGAAGUGCAGGAGUUGAUAUUGAAGAUAUCUGAGUACAGUCUUGGGAUGUCUAUUUCUUGCGAUAUAGGGCAAGUGUCUUCAACCCUAGAUUCCCUGGAACGUAUCAUGGAAGUUCUUAGAGAAAGCAGGGGGAACUGUAAUAGUCUCAGCAUAAAGGAGCUGGAGCACAUAAAAAUGAAGCUUACAGAGUUGCAUAAACAGUGGCAGACGAUUUUCACCUGGCAGGACGGUCCGCUGGUGCAAGCAAUGAGAGAUGGUGAUAUGUUCCUUAUAGAUGAAAUUUCUCUUGCUGAUGAUAGUGUGCUUGAAAGAUUGAACAGUGUGUUAGAACCAGAAAGAACGCUGGCUUUGGCUGAGAAAGGAGGACAAUUUCUGGAAACAGUGACCGCUCACCCUGAGUUCUUUCUCUUCGCAACUAUGAAUCCUGGUGGUGAUUAUGGUAAGAAGGAGCUAUCUCCAGCUCUUCGUAAUAGGUUUACGGAGAUAUGGGUUCCUCCUGUUGGGGAGCUGAACGAGCUCAGAAGUAUUGCUCUGACAAGGAUUUCCAAUCCUAGAGUUACACAUCUCGUGGAUCUAAUGCUAAGUUUUUGGGAGUGGUUUAACCAGCUUCGAUCAGGGAGAGUGCUCACAGUAAGAGAUCUACUUUCUUGGGUUGCCUUUAUUGAUUCAACCGAGAGGAAUCUAGGGCCUGAAUAUGCAUUCCUUCAUGGAGCAUUCCUUGUUCUGCUAGACGGUUUAAGUUUAGGAACAGGUAUGUCAAAAAGAGAUGCAGAAGAAUUGCGGGAAAGAUGCUUUUCAUUCCUUUUGGAGAAACUAAAGUUAGACGACACUAAACCUGAACGGUCGAAACUUGUGAGACUCAAUAGUUAUGGCUGGGGGGAGCUUAGAUUAGCUGCAGAUGUUUCGAACACUGACUAUAUGCAAGACGACAAUCUCUUUGGUAUUGAACCAUUCUAUGUUGAAAAAGGCUGUCUACCUCAUGAUAGUGGUAAAUAUGAGUUUUUGGCACCAACAACCCACAAAAAUGCCUUAAGAGUACUGCGGGCUAUGCAGCUUUCAAAGCCUGUUUUACUAGAGGGUAGUCCAGGUGUUGGGAAAACGAGUUUGAUUGUGGCAUUGGGACAAUUUUCUGGACAUAGAGUUGUACGUAUAAAUUUGUCUGAGCAGACUGAUAUGAUGGAUUUGUUGGGGUCCGAUUUACCAGUAGAGAGUGAUGAGGGAAUAAAGUUUGCAUGGUCUGAUGGGAUCUUGUUGCAGGCUCUGAAGGAAGGCUGUUGGGUUUUGCUGGAUGAACUGAAUCUUGCUCCACAAUCAGUUUUAGAGGGUCUGAAUGCCAUAUUGGACCAUCGAGCUGAGGUGUUUAUUCCCGAGCUGGCACUUACGUUUAAAUGUCCACCAUCUUUUAGAGUUUUUGCAUGUCAAAAUCCUUCAUCUCAAGGAGGUGGAAGGAAAGGCCUUCCUAAGUCAUUCCUCAAUCGGUUCACUAAGGUUUAUUUGGAUGAGUUGGUUGAGGAUGACUAUCUUUUCAUUUGUAGCUCACUUUAUGAAUCAAUCCCUAAGCCUUUGCUAUCUAAAUUGAUCUUGUUCAAUAAAAAGUUGCAUGAAGAAGUAAUGCUAUAUAAAAAAUUUGCUCAGAAUGGGUCACCUUGGGAGUUUAAUCUUCGUGAUGUUCUUCGAUCUUGUCACAUUAUUGAAGGUGCACCGGAAAGAUUAAGAAAUUAUUGCUUCCUCAACAUUGUUUACAUUCAGCGGAUGCGGACACCUGAUGAUCGCAGGGAAGUUCUGCGGCUUUAUGAGCAAGUAUUUGGUGAAAAACCUUUUAUAAAUCCUUAUCCACGAAUUCAGCUUAAUUCAAAGUAUUUAAUUGUGGGGAAUAUUGCCAUUGAAAGGAAUAGCAUUCAAGCGUGUAGCAUAGCGAACAGUCAGCUUAAGAUUUUGGCAGGAAUUCGUCAAAACUUGGAAGCUGUUGCACAUUGCAUUCAACAUCAAUGGAUGUGCAUUCUGGUUGGUUCAUCUUCAUCUGGCAAAACUUCUCUCAUAAGGUUGCUUGCUCAGCUCACUGGAAAUGUACUUAAUGAGCUCAAUCUUUCAUCCACAACUGAUAUAUCAGAAUUGCUUGGGUGCUUUGAGCAAUAUGAUGCCAUUCGGAAUUUCCGACAUGUUGUUGAUCAAGUUGGCUAUCAUGUCAACAAAUAUUGUAGUGUGCAAAUACAAUCUUCCAUGAAGGUGUUUGAUAGAAAUGGAAACGGUAUAAUGACUAAAUGGCUUUCUUUUUCAUCAAAAAUCAGCUUCCAGUUGGCAACAAGUUCUGCUUGUGUGUAUGCAAAGAAUUGGAAUAGAAUUGUGGAUUCUCUUGGUUUGUUAGUUGAUAUCAUCAAACAACUUAUGUCAUACCUUCAAGAUGUUCCAGCCAAAAAGGAUCUUGAAAGAUGCUUGAAGAUGGUUUCAAAGUUGGAAGAUAGUGAUAAAAAACAGCCAUUUUCAGCAAAGUUCGAAUGGGUGAUCGGAAUACUAGUCAAGGCUAUAGAACGUGGAGAAUGGAUCAUCCUUAAGAAUGCUAAUUUGUGUAACCCCACUGUACUUGAUAGAAUCAAUUCAUUGGUGGAGUCUUGUGGAUCAAUUACUAUUAAUGAAUGCGGGACUGUUGAUGGGGAGCCGCUAGUCUUACACCCACAUGUUAAUUUUCGGAUAUUCCUUACUGUUAAUCCAAUUCAUGGAGAGGUUUCUCGUGCAAUGAGAAAUAGGGGGGUGGAAAUAUUCAUGUUACAGCCUCAUUGGCUGCAAGAUGGAGCUCAGUGCAGUAAGAAAGAUAUUGAACUGAAUGACACGCGGAGAUUUCUUGCUUUAUCUGGUAUUCCUGGCACCAAAUUGGUUGAAUCCAUGGCAAAUUCUCAUGUCUAUGCAAGAGACGAAGGUUCUCACCUUAAUGUUCGCUUAACGUACAUUGAACUUGCACGCUGGGUGCAGCUGUUCCAGCAACUUAUUAUGCAUGGCUGUAAACCAUGGUGGAGCCUUCAAGUAAGUUGGGAGCAUACUUAUCUUUCUUCAUUUGGUGAGGCUGAGGGGAUGGAUAUUGUCCAAAAUGCAAAAAAUUUAUAUUUAUCAGAUUCAUGCCUCUCUAAAUGUGAUGUAUCAAUUGCAUCUCUUUGUUAUCCUGGAGGAUGGCCAAUGCCCAUAAAAUUGAGAGAUUAUGUCUGGCACUCAAAAGAGGCCUGCGUAAAGCAGAAUUGUACGUAUUUGGAGUUUCUUGGAGCUCGAUGUGCAUUACAUGAACUUGGAGUUGCUAGGAAGGGAUAUCCCCUUGACGGUAAUUUUUCUGCUUGUGGAUAUGCACGGACAUAUUUAAUGGAUUUGAAGAUGUUAAAGAAAUUAUUGUUUCCGAAGGCUUCAGACAGUAUGAUAUUGAGCUCUCAAGUGCAAAAUGAAUUCAACUGGAAAUUGACUAAUAAUAAGUUAUUUUUUGCUGCCAACUGGGCAAUCGAGCAAGCAUCUGAAAUGGAUAUUGAGCUCUAUAUCACCUGGUUUGAUUGGUUUAGUUCUAUAUUGCAGCCACUUUGCCAAUUUUUCAAUUUCUAUUUGACAUCAAUCAAACAGGUUAUGGAGCAUCCAUUGUGGAAUUUUAUCUGUCACCUUCGCUAUAAGAUCAAAUCUCGUCUCGGAAUAGAUUUUGAUGUUCAUCCAAUGCCUAUUUUAUCAUCUGAGAUAGUUGCUAUGACGGGUGAAGAUAAGAAUGAUGAAUUAAACGAAUUAGAACUGUCAAAAGAUGAGCUUCAGUUGUCCUGCACAGCCCUACGUAAUGCUAUCAACUGCAUAGGUCUUUUAAUGCUUACUUAUCGACAAUGGAAUGCUGAAAGCAGCCACGAAUUAAGUAAUGAAACUCGAGGGCUCUUACCCGUUUUGAAAUCUCUGCGAGCACUGGAGCAGGAAAUCUUUUGCAAGCUUGUAGAUCCAUCUUCUAAGCUUGUUGAGUCUGCUUCUUUUAGUAUGCUUAUUCAGUCUUACAGCACUCUUCUUGAUGAUCACAUAUUACUCUGGGAUGGACUUGUCUCUUUGAAUUUUGAGCAGUUACAAGUUUCUGGACGAUUUUUGAUUAAAGAUGUCCUUCGAUUCAAGGAUUUCUUUCCAGAUGCCGUUGAAGUCAUACUGAGGGAGAGUAAGAAACUUGAAAGGACUUCUUUGUCAUUUCUCUCGGAGAAGUCAUUAUUGUGGAUUUAUGGUGGUCACCCACCUUCACCUUCUUCUGCUGACCUAUAUUACAAGCAACAGCAACUUUGUAGACUGUGUGAAUGUGUAUGGCCAGUAAAGAUAAAAUUACACGAUAGAGUCUCAACAGUAGCAGGGAAGGAUAUUUUAAUUGAAGUUAUUGCAUCAUCCAAUCCUGAGCUACGCUGCCUUGCAAUGGAAGGUCUUUCUAUGUCCUCUUGUAUAGUUGGUAAAGUUGAUGAAGAUGAUGUUGCUCAGAAUUUGCAGGACAUUUAUGAGAUGCUCUUGGUAAGAGUUGAACAUGAGAAGAACAAUGCAAAGGCAAUUCUGGAAUCAAAGGACCAUCGUGUUCAGGAAGAAAUGUCAUUUGUCUGUCGGCCUUCUGGCUAUGACAUAUUUAUAGAGGCAGAUCCUGAUGUUUGGUUGGAUACUCUUCCUAUGAAUGACAGUUCUAGUUUUUUCCUCGAUAUGCUGUUACUGCGUGAGCUUUCAUCAAUACUUUUGUUUGAUCGGGAAAGACUGAAGCAAUCAUUAUGCGGCUUAUCCAACCUCGUUAAGGAAACUUUACAUUUUUCAUUGAAAUUCUCAUCAAGAUCUCCCCAGAUGUUUAGUGCGCAUCAAAAUAUGCUGUGGACUCUGGAUGAGUGGGAUCCUACGGAUACAGUGUGUACAAAGGCAGCCAGUUUUUUUCUCGAGAUGUGGUUUAGGUGGCAUCAGUCUUUGUGGAUUCAUUGCCCUGAUUUUGUCAAGAAUUUCUCAAAGGUUGUGGAUUAUGAAACUCCAGUGCCUCACGUACUUGUACAACCUGUGAUUUCAGCAACAGUUUCCCAGAUUCUAUGGCGCCCUUCUGCUAUCAGAGACUUCUUCUCUAAACGCUUGAAGAUACAAGUAGCAGCUUGUUAUCUUUGGCACAGACCACCGCAGGCAGCAGAUGCGCACACUUUACUUUUAUCUGCUGCUUGUAAUCUUUUCCAGCAGAUUAUCUAUGCUCAUGAAAAAUCUUUUGAUGCGGACCAAUUUGUUGAGAUAAAGUCCCUUCUAAGUUUUUUUCAGAAGGACAAAAUUCCGCAAGAAAGCAUUCAGUUGUUUUGCUCCCUUGUUGCAAAAUCAAGCCAACGGAGAUUGAAAAACUCUGUGCAUUUGUUCAUUGAACCGCUGCUUAAAGAUCUCUUUUCUCAUGAUAUCUCAACAGAUCUGCAUCAUAAACUUGGUCGUGUGUGGUUAAGACUUGGAGAGUUGCGAUUGUAUCUGUUGCUUAGUUGCUGUCAUUUGGAUCCUUCCAUCAAAUAUUAUUACAAAUAUUCGCAAUUAGUGGAAAAGAAAUCUUCACUUGAAGUCGAAACUCAGGUGCGGCAAGAGUGUGAACUUUUGGCAGGAUUGUUUUCAAUUGUGGGAGAAGCUGAUAAGGAAAGAAAACAGAAAUCUGGAAAUCUUGAACUGGAGUGUAGAAAAUUGCAGAAAAAGGUUGUUUUUCGUGUGGAACCCGGGAAGUUUAAGAAGUUGAAACAUGAGUGUGAGGAGUUUUUUGAGUUUGUUAAUAUUUUCUUAACUAAUAUUGAAGCAACAGACUCGCACCAAAUUGACAGAGUACGCAACUGGGAGGAGAUGGCUACUCGCUUUAUUGAUCGGUUAUCGGAUGAAUAUACUGGAUAUCUUGAUAUAAUUCAACCCAUUCAGCUGGCAGUUUAUGAAAUGAAACUAGGCUUGUCUCUUGUUUUAUCAAGCUUGUGCUUUCCUAGUGUAGUUGAAGAGCAUAACAAGGAGCAAGUUAUGAAUUCAAUUUAUUCCUUUAUGCGGUUCCCACGAGUGCUUCCUUCCAAUCAGAUAUCUGUUGAUUUAAACAAUGGAUCGGCUGGAUUUUCUUUCCAUGAUAUUAGUGCUGCUGCAGAUUUGUUAUAUGCAAUGGAAGGUUUGCUGGAAAAGUCGGUUAUUCGUUCGAGAGGAACUAUAGAUAAUGAUACGGCCUGCACUUCACAACUUAAAAGUGCUCUACAAUACAAUAUUCUAGUCCGUGCUUCACAUGUUGUUGCUGACUCCAGGCUGAUGGAUACUUCAUCUUUUCUGCUAUUGGAUAAAAUAUUCAAUGUAUUUGCGGAUGUUUGGAUGAGUAUGAAAGUUCAAUCAAAAGCUAAAGAAGACUGCGACUCUCAAUUAUACAAGUUUAAACCUCGUGUGUUCAGAAUUGAAAAGGUUAUUGAACCUGAUGUUGACGAGUCAUUAGACAAUGAUAACUCUUUGCAGAUGGAGUUACUCUCUGAAGAAGAAACUACUGAGAUGGGUGAAGCUAGCAAGCAACAUGAAACUUCAGAAGAUGAAUGGAGUCUAAUGGACGAGUCUAUGAUUGACCAGAUGAUCCACAUUCAUAAUCUGCUGUUUGGCUCUCCUGAUCUUGUUUUAGCUCCUGGAACUUCCAAAAUAUCUGAUGCAUCCCGGUUACUUUCGUUUUCUGGUUCAUAUAAUUCGGGUUUAUUGAUGAUUAAAGACUUUGGCGGUUUGUUGUUGUCAAGUCUAGACGCCAGACUUGCACCAGAGCACUUAUUACGGCUCUGUUUAGAGCAUGAAGGGAACUGCGUUUUACCUGAAAGAGCAGCUGGGAAAUAUAAUUUCUACAAGGAUUCAAAUCCUUCUAUGAUAGCAAAAAUGGUGAAGUUACUUGCUCCUCUUCAUCAACGUGUUUCUUCACUUUUGCUUGAUCAAGGAGAACAUCAUCUUCUUCAGAAGAUCUUGGAUAUAAUUGAAAUGCUUCAGAAUUUUUCUGUGGACACCCCGGUAGCAAAGGCUUUAUCAGGUUUGCAAAUCCUGGUUAACAACGUGCAGACGUUACCCGAACAUGGGUCAAGGUUUUCUUCCUCUGAGCAACUGGAGCCUAUUCUUGAAUUAGUUUCAUCAUGGAAAAAUAUUGAGUUUGACUCGUGGCCAGCAUUGCUUGAUGAGGUGCAGGACCAGUACGAACUCAACUGUGGAAAGUUAUGGUUUCCUCUUUUUUCUAUCCUACGGCAUUCGAAUUCUAACUCGGCCAUCACAAGUUUGGAGGAUUUCAUUCAUACAUCAAGUGUUGGGGAGUUCAGGAAACGUCUUCAACUUCUUUUUUCAUUCCUUGGACAAAUUAGAAUUGGUGCAUGUGUUGAAGUUUCAAGUCCUUAUGAGAUGGAACUUUUGGAGGCCUUGUACAACUUAUUUGGAUACUAUGUUCAAUUUUUACCAAUAAUAUUGGAGCACAUAGAAGGUUGUCGUAAGAAAAUAGAGAUGGAGUUGAAGGAACUCCAGAAAUUAUGUCGUUGGGAACGUGUUGAGAGUUAUUGUUCUUUGGAGAAAUCAAGGAGAAGUAGACUGAAGCUCAGGAAGCUUAUUAAGAAGUACAGUGAUGUGUUGCAACAACCAGUGUUGCUCUUCUUGAACCAAGAUCCAGGAAUAAAAGGGACCAAACUACAAUCUCUUCAAUCUGGUCCAGAAGACAGGUUUAGUUGGUUUACUGACUGGAGACAAAGUGUACAGAGCGUGCUGCAAAAUUUGUGCCUGAAUGGAACUCCUGGACAUGGGCACCCAUUCUCGAGUGUAAAGAGUGCUGAAGAUUUGAUUAGUAUUAUUCAGCAAUCCGAAUCUCAAUCUUCUUCCAUUUCCUAUCAAGAACAAUGGAAGUCUUUAAGUUGCACCAUCGAGAAAAUAUACCAAAGUGCAAUCUAUUGCAGUGAUAUUUGGAAGGAAUCAAGAAAGAGUCAAGGGAAGCGGAGGGCCUUGUCUGAACUUUUAAAGCUUUUGGAAGCCAGUGGUCUGUCAAGGCACAAGUCUCUUUAUUUGGAGGAGCAUCUUAAAUCUUGGUGGUUCCUUCGGCAUUCAGAAGACAUUCAGUACUUGCUUCCGACUCAAAGUAGACUGCCACAUGGAGUACUAGAUGAUACUCCUUCCAGUGAAGGUAAAAAAUUUCAGAAUGUAGGAUUAGCUGCUAAGAGAAGUGAAGUCAUUGGAUACUACUUCAAGAGUGUAAAAUCAGUGUUGCGCUUACAGCAGAUUUCCUUGAACUCUCACAAAGAUGUUACACGGGAGCAGGUUGAGCGGUCAUGUUCUUUUCUGAACCAACUAAUUGUAAUACAGCAAAAGCAACACACUGCUGCUGAUCACUUUGCCAAGAAUUUGAUUCACUUGAAAAAUUGUGUAUCACUAUUGGAAAAGUUGUACUCACGUUCUAAGGAUUCCAGUGCUCGUAAUGGUUAUGAAGUCAGAAUAAGUUGUAAUCAGGACAUUAUUUUUAAAUGCAUGUGGCAGCAGAAGAAAAUCUUUGACAGUUUGGCUACUAUGGCAUACGAAGAAUUAAUCUUGCUAAAAGCCUUUAAAAAUGUGCAUCUGAAGAGUUGCCGAGAUGUCAAAUCUGAAGAAAAUUGCAUUCUUGAAGCAAUGGAGAAAUUUUUGCCUGUGUUCCAGAAGUCAAAGGAAUGCCUUGAUGAUUGCCUUCUCAGCCGGAAGGAAGUUAUAUCAACCCCUGCUGCUGGUGUCUUGCAACCAUUUGUUGUUACAGAACAAAUGAAAGAGCUUGUCAUUCAGAAUUUUGAAGCUAUAAAUAUCUUCAGGGACUAUCACUCUGCUCUAUCCAAGCAUAUUGCUAACCGAAACUCAGUUGAAACUAUCCUGCUUGGUCAUUUUGAUGAAGUAUUUGAGAAGUCAAGUCUUGUUGAGAGAGAGUUCAAAUCUGGUCUUGAUGCAGAGGAUGGGUUUAGAAAUGGUGAAAAUUUUUCUGAGAUUAACAGCAGAUUUAAUGAAGCUCUUGAGAGUACUUUCAGACAUGUUUUCACUGCAUUGGAAAAAUUUAAUUCAUCCUGCUCUGAGCCUACUCUGCCAGCAGAAAAUUUAGGGAAUGUUACUUCCUGGGAAUUUUCAAUGAACUUGUUUAUGGAAAAUUUGAGCUUGGACCCUUUAUCUGAUAAGCUUCUCAAGACAAUCUCUUGUGCUGAUAAACUGCUUAAUCAUUCUGGUGCGAAACUCAAAGGCAAUUCUCCCUCUGAAGAUCAAAUAUUGUCAUCUCAAGUGGGCGCCUAUUUUGAGCAACUACAUGUACUUUUAGACUUGAUAAAGAAUAUUGGUGAAUGUCUGCUACAAGAUGUUCUUGCCUUCAAUUGCUCGGUAUCAGAAACAACCAAUGUCCUUGCAACAGUUUUAGCUAAUUUGUGUUCUGAAGGAUUUGGCAUUUCUACUGAUGACCCAGGCCCGGAUGAUGAUGUUACUGACAAAAAAGUCCAAGAUGGAACUGGUAUGGGAGAGGGUGCAGGAUUAAAUGAUGUGAGUGACCAGAUAAUCGAUGAGGAUCAGUUGGUUGGUGUUAAUGAGAAGGCAAGUGAGCUGGAUGCUCGAACCGAGAACCCAAGUAAAAAUGAUAAAGGUAUUGAGAUGGAGCAAGAUUUUGAUGCAGAAACACAUAGUGUUAGUGAGGACUCUGAGGAGGACAAUGAAGAUGAUGGAGAUGAGCAAUUGGACUCUGCCAUGGGAGAAACAGGAUCUAAAAGUGAAGUAAUUGAUGAGAAAAUGUGGAAUAAGGACGAAGAUGAAUGUCCUAAUGAUGAGAAAGAAAAAUCUGAAUCGGGGCCUCCAGUUAAGAAUGAGGAUGUCAGCUCUAGGGAACUUAGAGCCAACGACGAACAUUCUGCUUCUGCAGAUGAGAAUGGUGAGACAGAUAUUAAUGAAUACCAAGAACAAAAUGAUGAAGAUGAAAGUCAUAGUGACCCUGUUGAUGGAGAGGAUCCAGAGGACAUCAAUUUUGAUAAAGGGGAAGAAUUUGCUGAGCCACCGGGAACAAAGUGUGAAGAGUCAAAUGAAUGUUUGGAUCUGGGCAUGGAUGAAAAAGAUGAUGCAUCUUCUAUGCCAGAUGAUCUUGAAGAGCAUGAAAAUUCUACCGAGGAUGGAAAUAUGGAGGAGAAUGUAAUACAUCCAAUAGAUGAAACUAUGACUGAAGCUGAGACUGAGCAUGAAGCUUCUGAAAUGGAUAUUGAGGGCGGUGAUCGGGAGGAAAAUAAUCAGAUGAAUGCAAUGGGACCAAGUAAUGAUGUGUCAGAGGCAGGUGAUAAUGUGCAAAAUGCAGAAUCCGCGACACAACCAAAUGGUGGCUUGCAGUCAUCAGACUUUAGGGAUAUUGACAUGGAGACAAGCUGGUCUAGAAGUAAUGACAGACAAAACGAUGGUGCCCCAUCACGAAACAUGCCUACUGGUGAUGCAUCUGAGACUGAUAUCUUGGCAGCGGACUCAUCAAGUGGUGGGAGAUUCACCGAUGACCUUAUGCCUGCUCAACUGCCUCAGCAUGAAGCGUCAUCUUUUCAGAAAAUGCAGCCAAAUCCUUAUCGGAAUGCUGGUGACGCACUAAAUAAGUGGAAAGAAAGAGCUAGAGUUUCUGUUGAUCUCCAGGCAAAUAAUGCAGAUGUACAAGACGAGAUGGAAGAUGAAGAUGCUGAAGAGUAUGGAUUUGUUUCGGAGUUGGAAAAGGGGUCUGCACAGGCAUUGGGACCGGCAACAUCUGAGCAGAUUGAUAAAGAUGCCAAUGGUAAUAACUUUGACAAAGAUAGUUCUGCUGCCACGAAGUCCGAUAACUCUAAGCCGAUGGAGUCUGAGAGACAAAAUCUUGAGACACAUGCUUUGGGUCGUAACUCCAUUCAAAAAAGUACAGCGGAGGAUCCCAUGCCUGUUUCCAGUUUGGAGAAUCAAACUGAGGAGGAAUUUCAAGAAUUUCAUAACGUUGAAGAUGGUGAUUCCACACAUUUACCAGAUAAUCUGGUGUCUGUAAAUAGAACUUACCUGAAUGAGCCAAUGCGUAGGUUCGAAGACCUCUCUGUGAGUGAUGAUGAGUUGGGGAAAGUAAAGAAUACUGAGGCGGUCUCCAAUGAGGUGAAAGAUAAUGCAACUGCUCUCUGGAGGAAAUAUGAACUGCGCACAACAAGGUUAUCUCAGGAGUUGGCUGAACAACUGCGUCUUGUCAUGGAGCCAACUCUAGCCAGCAAGCUCCAGGGGGAUUACAGAACUGGCAAAAGGAUCAAUAUGAAAAAGGUAAUUCCCUAUAUAGCAAGCCAUUAUCGCAAGGAUAAGAUAUGGAUGAGAAGGACAAGGCCUAACAAACGUGAUUACCAAAUUGUUAUUGCCGUGGAUGAUUCUCGGAGCAUGUCUGAGAGUUGUUGUGGAGAUGUUGCUAUUGAAGCUUUAGUGACUGUAUGUCGUGCCAUGUCCCAACUAGAAAUGGGAAGCUUAGCGGUUGCAAGCUUUGGGAAGAAGGGGAACAUAAGGUUACUGCAUGAUUUCGACCAAUCAUUCACAGUGGAGGCUGGUGUCCAGAUGAUCUCCAAUUUGACAUUCAAGCAAGAGAACAGCAUCACUGACGAACCUGUUGUUGACCUAUUGAAAUAUCUCAAUGACACGCUUGAUGUUGCAGUCACCAAAGCACGUCUCCCAUCUGGAUGCAAUCCCCUGCAGCAGCUUGUAUUAAUCAUUGCAGAUGGACGAUUCCAUGAGAAGGAGAACUUAAAACGGUAUGUGAGGGAUCUACUAAGUCGGAAACGUAUGGUUGCAUUUUUGCUUCUUGAUAGUCCGCAGGAGUCCAUCAUGGACCUCAUGGAAGCUUCUUUUGAAGGUGGAAAUAUUAAAUUCUCGAAGUACUUGGAUUCCUUUCCGUUCCCAUUCUACAUAAUUCUAAGGAACAUCGAAGCACUUCCGAGGACCCUUGGAGAUCUUCUGAGACAGUGGUUUGAGCUAAUGCAAAAUUCUGGGGACUAGAUUUCUGGGAAUUGAUUUAUGGAACUUGGAGGUACAAAUGAGGAUGGAUGUAAAUUCCAUGUUACAGUUACAAAGAUGUAAUUAAGAUCACAUUUAUUAUCAAUAAAGAUACCAAGUUUCAUUCA